AUGAUUCACCUUGUGGAUAUUACACGGAUGACAAUUGCGGCAUAUUUUGGCCACUCGUUGGCUGUUGUUGAUAUUAAUAAUGAUGGGAAGGAUGACGUGCUGGUAGGUGCUCCUCUGUAUCUAGAACGUCAGAGAGGCGGAACGCUGCAGGAAGUUGGACGAGUCUAUGUUUAUCUGCAAAAAGUGACUAAGAAACUUAGCUUUUCAAACUAUUUCCUGAGUGGGUCCCAUGUUUAUGGACAAUUUGGCUCCUCCAUUGCAUCUCUGGGGGAUCUGGACCUGGAUGGAUUUCCAGAUGUGGCUGUAGGUGCUCCAUUUGGUGGUAAAUCUGGAGGUGGAUGUGUGUACAUCUACAGGGGUAAAGAUUCUGGUCUAUUGUCCAAACCUUCUCAAGUCAUAGAGAGCCCUCUUGCCACCCCGUCUAGGUUUGGGUUCUCACUUCGGGGGGGAACAGACAUUGAUGGAAAUGGAUACCCAGACUUGCUGGUUGGUGCAUUUGAAGCUGAGAAGGUGUAUGUGUACAGAUCUAGACCUGUUGGCCUCCUCCGAUCAUUUCUACUCCGUCCAACCAUUCUUGACCCACAUAAGAAACUCUGCUUCAAGAAUAAUAUUCCUGUAAGCUGUUUUACUCUGGAAGUCUGUGCUGUAGUGACAGGACACAAACUGCCAAAGAAACUGAACCUCUCCACUGAGAUCCACCUCGACAGUCAGAAUAGAUUUUCAUCCAGGACCCUCUUCCUAGACUCUUCACAGCCAAAGAAAACUGUUUUCAUUUUACUACAGAGCAACUCUUUGAUAGCCUGCACAAAUUUUACUGCCUACCUUCAGGACGAAUCCGAGUUCCAAGACAAAUUUAGUCCUAUAGUUGUGAGUGUGAACUUCAGUCUCAUCAGUGAUUCCACAGCUGAUAUUCUACAGCCUGUACUAUAUGGGAAGAUGUUCCUACAGACCCAGAGUCACAUCCUCAUGAUCUGUAAUGGACGUGAUACCUGUACUCCUGAUUUGCAUCUCAAUGCCUCUUGGUCAACAAAACCCCUCAUUUUCGGGAGUAAUGAUUUGGUUCAUGUCAACUUCAGAAUCUUUGGAAUAGGAGCCUAUGAAGCAAAGUUAUAUGUCACUCUCCCAGCUGGGGCACAUUACAUACGGGUUUUGUAUCAGAGUGGGGAGAAAAUAGUUUGUGCCCCGGAAAAAGAGAAUAAGACAGAGGUGGUGGUUUGUGAGCUUGUAAACUCUUGGAGGGACUAUAUAGAGAUCAAUGCAAAUAUGCAGAUUAACUUCAUAGAACUGGAGAAGUUUGAGGAGAAUAUCACCUUCCCAAUGCAGAUAAAGAGCCAAAUAAAUGCAACUUUUAAAGGCCCGACGGUUUGGGUACAAUUGACUUUCAUUCGGAUAGCAUCAUUAGAACUUCGUGGGAGCUUGCAUCCAGCUAAAGUGUUUUUCCCACUACCCAGUUGGAAUUCUACUGAGGAGUUAAAGAAUAGGAAACCCAAAGAUUAUGGGAAAAAUGUGAUACAUAUAUAUGAGUUGCAUAAUGUUGGUUCACAGCCAUUAAAAGUCCAGUUAGUUGUUCAGAUCCCAGAAAGCUACCAAGGCGAUUUCAUUUUAUAUCCCUUGCAUUUGGAAAAGGACAGCAACAUGGUCUGCAAAAAACACUCAAAGCUUAAUCCUCUGGAGCUGGACCUCACGGUGGUGACUGAAGCACCAAUGCGCAGGGAUGACCACAGAAUUUACAAGAGAGAGUCAGUGAGAAUGGACAUGGAGGAGUCUUGUGAAGUGGAGGAGCAUGAGAACAAUACUUUGAUGGGACAAAGACCCAAACACACCAUCAAUCUGGACUGCGAUGUUAUACCAUGCUGGAAUAUAAAUUGCUCUAUAUGGAAUCUUGCCACAGGUCAGAGGGCAACAAUAAGGCUACACAGUAUCCUUUGGAUACCCAGUUUCAUGAAGCGAUUCGAGCAACCAUUCACGCUGCUCUCUAAAGCUUCCUUCAAGGCAUCUGGCUUUCGGCCCACGACGUCUCUGACCAAUUACACGACCACAGAGUUAAAGGUUCUGUGGGUGAGCGGUAAUCAACAAAAAAAGAUUCCUUCUUGGGUGAUAAUUGUCGGAGUACUAGCGGGGCUUCUUACCCAAUCAUUUUUUAUAUUUGCACUGUGGAAGCUUGGAUUCUUCCAGAGGAUGCAACCUCCCACAGCAACCUCACACAGGCAACCAAGAAGACACAGCUAGUGAACAGCUGUGGUAGACUCCCACAGUUCCAUGGCAGCUU